AUGUACUACGAUGGAGGGAUUUUCGAUACAAGUUGCGAGGAUUUGUCCGGAUUGGGAGGACAUGCGAUGGUCAUAACGGGAUACGGAGUGGAGGACGACUACCCGUACUGGAUCGUGAGAAACUCGUGGGGCACAAGUUGGGGAGAAGAUGGCUAUGCUAGGAUAUGGGCCGGUCAAGAUCUUUGCUCGGUCGAGUCCUACUUCAUGGAUCAAGCUCAAAUUUAUAAUGAUGGAGCUGAUAUGAAC